CAUAUAAUUCCCACUCAUUAUCUUUGUUGCUUAAAGCUAGCUAGCUAAGCUUCUCCUUGCCUUUCUUCUCUCUCUUAUCCUCUUAAUAAAUAAAUCUCUCUCCCCCAUAGCUAGCUGCUACUCCUAAACCAUCAGUCUCAAUAAGAAUUUAGACACAAAAAAAAAAAGACCCACCAAAGGGCCAACACCAACAACAAUAAGUAAAGAUCAUUAAACAAAACCUUUCAUCACUACUUCACUAUACUCAAAUCUCUCUCGAUCAUAUCCCUGCAAUCUAAGUAGUACCACUACUGUUACUAUAACCAUUGCUAUUACUACUUCCUCUUCUUCUUCUACUAGUACUACUACUAUAGUUCUCUACAUGCGAUCAUGGAAGGAGGCGAUGAUUUUCACCACCAUCAUCACCAACACCAACACCAGCAACAUCACCGACCCAAUUUUCCAUUCCAAUUACUAGAAAAGAAGGAAGAAGAAGCUUCAUGUACUUCAAGCUCCGCUGCCUACCCUUCUCUCGCCAUCUCCGCCGGCACCACAGACCUCAGUACAACAUCGUGUAGUACUAGUGCUAAUACUACUAGUACUGCUAUCGUAGUCGCCGCAACCGAGACUUCUUUAAAGAAGCCCGCGCCCAAGAGAACCUCCACGAAAGACCGGCACACAAAGGUGGAUGGCCGUGGCCGCCGCAUCCGAAUGCCAGCCCUCUGCGCUGCCCGGGUCUUCCAGCUCACCAGAGAGCUCGGUCACAAGUCCGAUGGGGAAACCAUCGAGUGGCUCCUCCAGCAAGCGGAGCCUGCCGUCAUCGCCGCUACCGGAACCGGUACCAUCCCCGCCAACUUCACCUCCCUCAACAUAUCUCUCCGGAGCUCAGGCUCCAGUAUGUCGUUACCAUCUCAUAUCCGGUCUUCAUACUACAACCCUAAUUUUUCGGUCCCGGCAGCACGGCGCACUAGCAGUAGUUUCUUCCCGGGAAUUGGGUUAUCGCCGUCGUCCGAAAAUAACAAUAGUAGUAAUAACAACAACAAUAAUAAUUCGACCGCGACGCUGCUGAACUUUCAGUCGCCAGCGUCAGCGGUCAACUUUCACCCCAUGUUGCAGGCGAAACAAGAAUUGAGAGACGCAACGACGUCGUUGGACUUUUCGGAGUCGGCUGGGGAAGAUGGUAUGGAGGGGAGGAAUAAGCGGAGACAAGCCACGGCGGCGGACCAGGAGUUGAAUCAAAUGGGGAGUUACCUUAUGCAAUCUAGUGGUGCAGGCUCGGUUCCGGCAAGUCACCACCACCACGGUGGUCAGAUUCCGGCGAAUUUUUGGAUGGUGGCGAAUUCGAAUAGCCAAGUGAUGAGCGGCCAUCAUGACCCUAUAUGGGCGUUCAAUCCUUCGGUCCAAAACAGUGGUUUGUACAGGGGAACUAUGUCUAGUGGCUUGCAUUUCAUGAAUUUUCCUCCUCCUUUUGCCCUACUACCUAGUCAGCAAUUAGGUGGUUCAAACGACAGUGGAGGCGGCGGUAGUGGUGGUGGCGGAGGUAAUAAUUUGAGCGGAGGCGGAGACGGGCACUUGGGCAUGCUGACCGGGCUAAAUCCGUACAGACACCUUUCAGGCACCGGAGUAUCGGACUCGCAAGCAAGUGGGUCCCACUCGCAUCACGGCGAUGGCGGCGGCGAUGAUCGCCACGAUACGAACAGUAGUCAUCACUCAUAGAUCGAUGGUGAUGAUCAUGAUGAUAUUCAUGGCAUGGUCGUCGCCAUUUUUCUCCACAUGUGUAGUAGUUUUAUGUGUAACACCACACGUGAGGUUUGAUAUUGCUUCUGAAAAAUUUGAGUUUUUUAUUUAUUCCAAAUUUUUUUGAGUGUGAUUAAUAUGGGUGGGGGGCUUUUCUAAUUAAUUUUUUUAAUAUAUAAAUAUAAGGAUUUGGGAAAGACAUUAUAUAUUUCACUAGCUACUUAACAUGGGUAUUUUUGGCUGUUUUUUUCCUUUUCUUUGGGCACUAUUAUAGUUUCUUAUAUUUUUGGGAUUUACUACAUCUUACAUUAUUAAUGUCAUCAUUGUUUGUGCAA